UCAUAGGCAAUCAGCAAAUGUAUUUAAUACUGGAGAUGUGACAUACUUCCAUACCCCAACAAGAACAUUCACUGCCACUGAUUUAUCAUUAGCGAGUCCAAACCUGUUUUCAGCAUUUUCAUGGAAGGUUGGAUCUAAUCCACUCUCUAGUGACCACUUUCCAAUAUUUUUAAAAUAUCAAGGCAGAGAACGGUGUGAAACAGCCCAUCCACCACGAUGGAAAUUGGAAACAGCCGAAUGGCCUGUUUUUUCUUCUAUGGCCAACAUCACUGAGGGUAUGGUCAAUACUGCUGAUAUCAAUGACGCAGUUGAAGUUGUCACUUCCAGUAUUAUUCAGGCAGCUGAAAAAAUAAUGGGAAAGACAUCAACAAGAUACCCAAAGCAUCCGAAACCAUGGUUGAACCAGAAUUGCAAAGCAGCAUUUAAAGCACAAAAGAAAGCCUGGGUAAUUUUUAGAAGAUACCCCACUGCUAGAAAUUUGAUAGCUUUUCAAAAAGCAAAGGCUAAUGCCAGAAGAAUAAGAAGGCAAAGCCAAAGGGAUUCUUGGAGGAAGUAUGUUUCUAGCAUAACAUCUUUCACUAGCUCAAAAGCAGUCUGGGAUAAAAUCAAUAAGAAAUAUGCUUCUCAAUCUCUGUCCAUGCUGGAAAAUAAUGGCACAAUAAUCAGCAAUAUACAGGGUAUUGCUGAUAUCUUGGGUGAAAGAUUUUCCUCUUCAUCUAGCAAUAUUAUGUAUUCAAGAAAUUUUCAGGCUUAUAAAGCCCAAAGUGAAAAACAAUAUUUAAAUUUCCAUUCUUCAUCUAAUGAGGAAUAUAAUGUGUUAUUCACCAGCAUAGAACUACAUACAGCAAUUUCUCGCUCAGGGAAUACUGCUGUACACCCGGAUAAAAUCCACUACAGCAUGAUUAAAAAUCUUUCAAAUAAUUCUCUUAUAAAUCUCCUUAAUCUGUUUAACAGAAUGUGGACAGAAUAUACUUUACCCGACUCUUGGAGGCUAUCUAUCAUUAUCUUCCUCCCAACCAGGUAAAGAUCACAAGAAUCCCUCUAAUUACAGACCAAUCUCUCUGACGAGUUGUCUCUGUAAACUUUUCGAGAGAAUGGUAAACAGGCGUCUAAUGUAUUUCUUAGAGAAAAAGGAAUACUUUUGACCACAUCAGAGUGGUUUCCGUAGGAACAGAAGUACCACUGAUAACUUGGUAAAUCUUGAAACAUCUAUACGCGAAGCGUUUGUUAGACGACAGCACUUAGUGUCUGUGUUUUUCGAUAUAGAGAAGGCCUAUGACCGCUGUUUGCGAUACAGGAUACUUCGUGAUCUACACCAAUUUGGAUUGCAGGGUAAUUUGCCAAUUUAUAUAAAAAACUUUAUACAGAAUCUAAGAUUCCAAGUCAGGAUUGGCAACACUUUAUCUAGGCCUUUCACGCAAGAAGAAGGUGUCCCUCAAGGCUCUAUUUUGAGUGUGACUCUGUUCCUAAUUAAAAUAAACAGCAUAGCUAACUGUCUCCCUCCUAGUGUGAAACACUCUUUGUAUGUGGAUGACUUUCAGAUCUCCUGUCAGUCAAACAACAUGAGUUUUAUUGAGAGACAACUGCAAAUCUUCCUAAAUCGCGUAGACAAUUGGUCAAAGACUAAUGAUUUUAGUUUUAACACAGAGAAGACCUCAUGCAUCAACUUUUGCCGAAGGCUUGGUUUGCACUUGGACCCUGAAAUUUACUUAAAUGGGGUUUAAAUCCUAAUGGUCAAUGAGGCAAAGUUUUUGGGAGUUUCAUUUGACCCUAAACUGACGUUUUUACCACACUUGUGCGGUUUGAAGUGUAGAUGUCUACAAUCUUUGAACCUUUUAAAGGUACUGUGCUGCUCAUCCUAAGGAGCAGACAAAUGUUUUAUGCUAAUGAUUUAUAGGGCCCUUGUCCGCUCAAAGCUGGAUUAUGGAUGCAUUGUUUUGGGCUCUGCACGAGAAACUACUCUUCAGAUGCUGGAUCCAAUCCACCAUCAAGCACUGCGUUUGUGCACUGGUGCCUUUUGCACCUCUCAUGUCCAAAGUUUGCAUGUAAAUGCUUAUGAGCCUUUACUAUCUCUUAGGAGAGAACAGUUGUCACUUUUUUAUUAUAUCAAAAAAAACUCUCUUACUAAACCUUCAGUUUAUUGUACAGUAUUAGAUACUUACUCGAAACGAUUAUUUGAAGUUCGCCCAAGUUGUGUUCCUGCAUUCGCCAUAAGAAUGGAGAAUGUGAGCAGCACGAUUGAUCUGAACACAAGCAACAUUUCACAGCUAGAUCUGUAGUAUAUCACCUUGGUCAACUCCUGUGAUAAAUGUUGACCUUAGCUUAAAGCAAUUUCCAAAGGAAUCCACCCCAGAUUAUGUCUACAGGCAGCACUUUGCAGAAAUUCAACACCAUGACAGGAAUUUAAUUCCUAUUUUUACUGAUGGAUCUAAAUCUGAUGAUUACGUUGGCUCAGCUUUUGUCUGCCAGGAUGAAAUCGUGGCAGAACAAAUUGCAUUGAAUUCUUCCAUCUUUUCUGCAGAGUUGCAUGCUAUUCAUUUAGCUUUAAAGUAUAUAAAUAGGAAAGGUCAUCGUUCCUGUGUUAUUUACACUGACUCAGUUAGUGCACUUCAGGCUUUGAUUUCAUGUAAAUUUAGUUCUCACUUGAUAGUGAUUAAAAUUCGCAAAUCGUUUUGCCAUCUUACUGCGAGUAAUUUGUAAAAUGUUCUUGGGUCCCAGGCCAAGUAGGUAUAAAAGGGAAUGAAGAAGCUGACGCAGCUGCAAAGUCAGCUACUCUUUUACAGCAUAUAAUGCAUAUUGAAGGAGAUGAUUUGAAGCUAGUAGUUAAAAAACGACUAGCAGAGAAAUGGCAAAACGUGUGGAACGCACAAGUCCACAAUAAACUACAUGAGAUCAAGCCAAAUAUAGAAAAUUGGACACAAUAAACAGUAUGACAGGAGAUCUCAAGUAAUUCUUACUCGUUUGAGAAUUGGGCAUACUCGGUUGACUCAUCAAUACGUUUUGAAGGGUGAAGAACAGCUAGUAUGCGAGCAUUGCAACUGCUUUCUAAGUGUAAAA